CCUGAAGAAACUGUUUCUGGUUCAAUUGGAGAAAAGAACACGGAAUUCUUUAAACCUCCUCCUGCCUUACUGUUGGAAGAUAUGUUGCCCGAAGUGUUCGUGGAUAAGAAUAUCGGCAAAGUUUUUAGAAUUCCCGAGGAGAUAAUGCCCAAAUUUGAAAUAUUCAAGUUUCCACCAAUUCUGGGGAGGGAGGUCGGUUUAACGUAUAUUCCGAAGUCAGUGGAACUAAUCAAACUACUUGAAUCCGCAUCAAAAGAGUCUUCCGCAAAUGGCAAUCUUAUAUUGUCCGGGCAAAUGGGGGCAGGAAAAAGUGCACUGUUGCUUCAAGCGGUGAAUUGUGCGUUGUGUUCAGGAAAAUGGAUUGUGAUUUAUAUUUCGGAUGCCAUCAAGUAUGUGAACAGUACACAUCCUUACGCAAAAGACAAAGGAAAAGACGAGUUUAUACAGCCCACGUUGGCAAAUGAGUUAUGCAAACAGAUUAAACUGGUCAAUGAGGAACUGUUGGAAGGU